AUGAGGGGCCGCUGCGCUCCAAUCACACCGGUAGUGGGCAACACUUUCCGCGAGUCGUUGCUGUCCUGCAAAUCGCAGACAAUGGUGCAAUCUCAAAUAAUCAAGCCGUAUUUGAGAACAAUGCAAUCAUUUGAUUUGGACAGCGACAACGACGUGGAAAUCAAGCCGCACCCGGAGAUCUGUUUACAGAAGACGCUGCCGACACGCAACACCGGCCGCCGGCCAGGGACCAACAAAUUGGUGCACAAGUUAGUUUCAGAUACAACUUACGACGAGGAAGCUUGUCGCUGCGCUCCAACCACACCGGUAGUGGGCAACACUUCCCACGAGUCUUUGCUGUCCUGCAAAUCGCAGACAAUGAUGCAAUCGCAAAUAAUCAAGCNGACUACCCACUUUCCACCUAUUUGUUUUCAUUCAAUUCUAACAUGGCCAUUCCAAAACCAAAAAUGA